AUGGUGGCGGAUGCCGGCGGGCUCGUGCAGGCGUUCAAGCGCCUUCUCCGUGCCACCGGCGUGGAACCGGGCAACGCGUUCCUCCCCGCCCCCGGCGGCGGCGCGGCUGUCGGUGCGUGGUGCAACACCGCGGUGAGCACGCGGGACACGGUGGCGACGUGCGAGUUGGCGACGGGGGACGACUUCGGCCCGUGCUCCCCGGCGCUGCUCUGGCUGCGGGUGCGCCCCGCCUGCCCGGGCCGGGCGUUUCCCACCGCGUGCGUCAUCAGCCUCGCCACGAGCGCGCAGCGGCUGGACGCCCUGGCGCUGCAGGACGUCGUCGUGAGGGCGUGGCCCCUGCACCCCGCCGGGGCGGAGACCACCAUCGCCGUGCGCACCCUCUACCACAUCGCCGCCCUGCUCGGGGCCGCGCCCGGCGCCGGCGCCCGUGUCUUUCUGACGCUGCGCUUCCGCGGCUGCUGCGACGCCUCGGACACGCACCGCAUCGCCGCGGUGGAGUUGCGCUACGCCCCGCCCCAGCUGCACACGGUGGAGGUGGCUCUCACGCUGAGCCCCACGCCCCGCCGCGACGCGUCGUCCAGCGAGGGGGAACUUCCGCCGCCACCGCCGCCACCGCUGCGGCUCCUCAGCGCCGGCCCCCGGGCAGGCAGCGCCAGCAGCGAGGCGGGGAGCCACGAGGAGGAGGAGGGCGACAAAGAUGAUGUCUUAGCGGCGCACGUCGCCCACGCAACACCCCGCUCCCCGCGCCGCCGCUCGGUGACGCAGCCCCGCCGCACCAUCUUCGUGAACAUCGAUACGGAGGAGGAGGAGGAGGACGUCAUUGAGGUCCCGACGUCGCCCUGCACGACACGCUCCACCGCGUCGCGCCGCCCUACGCUGCCGUGCGCCGUCCCGCGGCGCGAGGCCCCGGCGUCGCCGCAGUCCACCAGCUCCGACGACGGCGUCUCCGCCCCGGCGGGGUGCAGGGGCAAGCAGCAGCAGCAGCAGCAGUGGCCGGCUCUGCGGGAGGUGUGGUCUGCGCCCUCCCCGGUGUCCGCGUCACCGCUGCCGGCUCGCGCCGCCUUCGUGGUGCCCGACCGCCGCGACUUCGUCGCCGUGGGUCUUCUGCAGCAGCGACAGGAGGAGGAGGAGCGGCGGCGGCGCCGGUACCUGCAGCGGAUUUCCAUGCCAUGGGGAGAGGCAGAUGCGGCGCCGGCGGUUACGCCUCACGGCACGGAGAGCACGGCGACCGCGGUGGAAAAAAACAGGCGACGCAUUCAAAGUCUGCAGGGCGUGCCUGCGUACGAGGCGGAGCACGACCUGCUCAGGACGGCGACGGAGCUGCUGGGGUUGCGGCGCGAGACGUUGCUGCGCCGCCGUCCCUCCGCCGACCCCAGCCGACGCCUCUCAGUGCGGCACGACGAGGAGAGGGACUUGGCGCCGGCGCGCCAACCGCCUGCCUCCGCAGAGGCGGUGGAGCCGCCGCCGUCGCCGUCGGCAGCAGCGGCGGCCGCAGCGAUGGAGGUCGGGCGCGAGCGUCUGGCCGCACCGGAGCGUUUGACGCCGACGCUUGAGACACCCGCAGGGGGCGCCGGGGCGGAGCCGCACGCGCCGCGGCAGCCGCUGGCGGACCGCAGCGCGGAGAUUAACCUCCCGCGGGGGGCAGCGAAGGCUGCUGCCAAGGGCGACCCGCCGCGGGAGGCGCAGCCGGCGCCAGGGCCCGCGCCGAGCCCGCACGACACGAGCCUUCCCGCGUCGGAGGCGUCGUGCGAGCCGUCGCUGCUUGUGCAGGUGGAGCCGCCGCCGUGCUGGGGGGAGAACGUCAGCCUCGGCUCUCGCGCGGCCGCCGCGCCUCCCCACGUCGGAACUUUUCUUGUCUGGAAGCACCACUUCUCGCGCCGCGGAACGGCAAAGCGGAUACUCGCCCUGCAGCGUGAGGGCGAGGCCGUGCUGCUUACGCUGAGGAAGCUGGAUCGCCAGAGGCGGGCCCCGCAGAUGGCGCUGCGGCGGGCGGAGAUCGAGGUCGUCACCGGUCUCCAGGCGUACUACAGCAACGCCAUCCACAGGGGCCACGUCCACGCGGCGGAGUGUUGCCUGGUCGUCAGCCGCGGCGGGCAGCAGGUGGCGGCGGUGGAGAUGCAGUCCGUGGGCGAGCUGCGGCUGGCCGCCCAGCUGCUGCUUCCCGCCUGCGCCAGCAGCGGGCCCCUGUGA